AUGCCACCAAAGAAAACAAUCCCUCCUCCUGCAACACCCAGUCAGCCUCCCAGUCAAACCAAGAAAAAGAAACCCGCCGUCUCAUGGGACAAAGAUGGUGCCGACGGCUUCUCAAGCAUUCGGGUCCUCCUCGAUUGGCUUGCGGUGGAAGGCAACUACCAGCGAUGGCGUGGGGACACCAAGGCCGGGUCUACUAAGUCGGCAUUAGCGAACGAGAUUCUGUCCUUGAUGGCCGACUGUGGGAUCACCCACCGAGACAAUAAAGGUAUCCAAACCAAGAUUCAAGAACUCCAAAACUCCUAUUCCAAAGCGAGCGACUUCCUCCGCAAUACGGGAUCAGGCCUUCAAGAAGAAGAUAUAGCCAAUGGCACCAAGACGCUUGAGAUGGCGUUGGUCAAGUUAUGCAAAUAUUGGGAUGAGCUUCAUCCAAUCAUGGCAACUCGCACCGUGGCAAUCCCCUUACACACAACCGAGACAACUUCUUUUGACGUACCCAACCUCCUAAGCCAAUCGGACUCGGAUGAUAACACCGACGAGGACCCAGCGACUAUUGCAGCUGCCUCCGAGCCAAAUUUGCAGACCUCAGAGCCAGCUGACACACCAGACGUGGACGAUGAACCUGAUACUCCGCCUGUUGUGGGGACCAAGUCGGCAGCGGCAUCUGCUCGGUCGGGUGGAACCAAAAUGAAGUCCUCGCGGAAAAGUGAGUCAUAUCUGCUCAUUGCAACUUGGAUCUGUCUCGGUGAAUGGCUUCCUAAUCAUCUUCUGACUUGUAGGUACCGAUCCCCUUGGACUGGAGAAGGUCCUCUCCGAGGCGAAUAUUUACAGGUGCGCAAGGAACGCGACAGUGAUAAAAAGGCAGCCGAGAAGGAUAAAUUGGAGGCGACUAAGAAACGAAUCAAGCUGGAGGCGGCCCGCAAUAGGACGAUGAUUGAUGUGGAGAGGCGUAAAAUCAAGCUUGCGGAGAGGGAAGCUCUAAUGAAAAUUAGGGAAUUUGAGUCCAAUGAGAUUGAUAAGAGAAUCAAGAACAUGAAAGAUCUGAAGGAACUCGGCCACUCAACCGAGGAAAUCAAAGAAUUUUUUGCGGCGCAAUUCAACAUUGGUCGAGGUGAAGGUAGCAAUAAUCGCCCGGUUUCAUUGGAAGAGAAGAAACAGAUUGUUGAAUUGCUCUCCGACUCCGAUGAAAUGUCUUCCGGUGAUUCUAGUGAUGGCUCAGGAGGCGAUGAAUGA